AUGGCGACUUUUCUCGACAAUGCAUACAGCUUGGUCCACCAAGACAACACGGCCGACCAGCCCUCGCAGCAGGACCUCAAGAACCAGCUGGAAAAGGGUACCGAUGAGACCAAGCAAGAGACCAUGAAGCGCAUCUUGACAAUCAUGCUCAACGGCGACCCAAUGCCCCAACUACUCAUGCACAUCAUCCGUUUUGUCAUGCCGUCCAAGAGCAAGGCCCUGAAGAAGCUGCUAUACAUGUACUACGAGGUCUGCCCCAAGCAUGACGCUGGCGGCAAGUUGAAGCAAGAGAUGAUUCUGGUUUGUAACGGUAUCCGCAUGGACCUGCAGCACGCCAACGAGUACAUUCGCGGCAACACUCUUCGUUUCCUCUGCAAGCUUCGCGACGCCGAGCUCAUCGAGCCCCUUCUUGCCCCUGCUCGUCAAUGUCUAGAACACCGUCACUCAUACGUUCGCAAGAAUGCCGUCUUCGCCAUUGCUUCCAUCUACCAACACAACGAGGCCCUCAUGCCCGAUGCUCCCGAGCUUCUCCAAGCUUUCCUCGAGUCCGAAAGUGACGCUACUUGCAAGAGAAACGCUUUCGCUGCUCUGAUCUCUAUCAGCCAUGAUCAGGCUCUCGAGUACCUGAGUUCCGUCUUCGAGGGCAUCCCCAACGCUGACGAACUGCUUCAACUUGUUGAGCUAGAGUUCAUUCGCAAGGAUGCAGUCACUAAUUCUCAAAACAAGGCACGCUAUCUUCGUCUGAUCUUCGACCUUCUCGAGGCCAAGGAAUCCACCGUCGUCUACGAGGCCGCAUCUUCGCUCACAGCCCUUACCGGCAACCCCGUCGCAGUCAAGGCAGCCGCUGCCAAAUUCAUCGAGCUGAGCAUCAAAGAGUCGGAUAACAACGUCAAGCUCAUUGUCCUGGAAAAGGUCAACCAGCUGCGUCGCGUCAACGAAGGCAUUCUCGACGACUUGACCAUGGAGAUCUUACGCGUGCUGUCUAGUCCCGAUCUCGAUGUCCGUAGAAAGGCUCUCAGCAUUGCCAUGGACAUGGUCUCGAGCAAGAACGUUCAGGAGGUCGUUUUGCUUCUCAAGAAAGAAUUGUCCAAGACAGUCGACGAGCAAUACGAGAAGAACAACGAGUACCGUUCUUUGCUCAUCCACUCCAUCCACCAGUGCGCCAUCAAGUUCUCCGAGGUCGCAGCCAGUGUUGUUGGUUUGUUGAUGGACUUUAUCGCCGACUUCAACAACGCUUCCGCGGUCGAUGUCAUCCAAUUCGUCAAGGAGGUCGUCGAGAAGUUCCCCAAGCUCAGGGGUGCAAUUGUUGGACGUCUGGUCUCCACCCUCAGCGAAGUCCGUGCUGGUAAAGUCUACCGUGGCUCUCUUUGGAUCAUUGGAGAGUACUCUCUGGAAGCCAACGACAUCCGCGAAGCCUGGAAGCACAUUCGCGCAAGUCUGGGAGAGAUUCCUAUCCUCGCUUCUGAACAGCGCCUUCUCGAGGAACAACCCGACGGCGAGCUCAACCUGGCCGAUCAAGUCAAUGGUAACUCGAAGGCUGCCCCCUCAGGCUCACGAAAGGUUCUCGCCGAUGGCACAUACGCGACCGAGAGUGCUCUAACCAGUCAAUCUGCUGUCAAGGCCAAGCUGGAAGCAGUCAAGGCUGCACAAAAGCCCCCAUUGAGGCAGCUCAUUCUCGAUGGUGACUACUACCUUGCCAGUGUUCUUGCGUCUACUUUGACCAAGCUUGUGAUGCGACACAGCGAGAUCUCGGAAGACCAAGCUAGAACAAACGCUCUCCGUGCUGAGGCUAUGCUCAUCAUGAUUUCCAUCAUUCGUGUUGGACAAUCGCAAUUCGUCAAGCAUCCUAUUGACGAAGACUCAAUCGAUCGCAUCAUGUCCUGUGUCAGAUCACUGGCAGAGUUUGCUCAGAAGCGUGAGCUCGAAAACGCCUUCCUCGACGACACCAGGAAAGCGUUCAGGGAUAUGGUUAAUGUUGAGGAAAAGAAGCGUGCCGAGAAGGAUGCUCUAAGCAAAGCCAAGAACGCGAUCCAGGUUGAUGAUGUGGUUUCCAUCCGCCAACUCAGUAAGAAGAACGCCGUCGAUGGCGCCGACGAGAUCCAACUUGACCUAGAAAAGGCUACUGGUGGUGACUCUGCAACAGAAGAUCUCAGCUCCAAACUCAGCCGUGUGGUGCAGCUUACUGGCUUCUCGGAUCCUGUCUACGCCGAGGCAUAUGUUCAAGUUCACCAAUUCGACAUCAUCCUUGACGUUUUGCUCGUCAACCAGACUCAGGACACUUUGCAGAAUCUUUCAGUAGAGUUUGCUACUCUGGGUGAUCUGAAGGUUGUCGAGAGACCCACAACGCAAAACUUGUCACCACUGGAUUUCCUUAAUGUUCAGGCCACCAUCAAGGUAUCUUCCACAGACACUGGCGUCAUCUUCGGAAACGUCGUAUAUGAGGGCGCUUCAUCAACGGACCAGAAUGUCGUCAUUUUGAACGACGUCCAUGUCGACAUUAUGGAUUACAUUCAACCAGCUCAAUGCACAGAGACACAAUUCAGAACCAUGUGGACUGAAUUUGAGUGGGAGAACAAGGUCAACAUCAACACCAAGAUGCCAGCUGGCAAGGGUCUACGCGACUUUUUGAAGGGACUGAUGAAGGUCACAAAUAUGAGCUGUCUAACACCGGAUGCCAGUCUCAGUGGAGAUUGUCAGUUCUUGAGUGCGAAUCUCUAUGCGAGAAGCGUUUUCGGCGAGGAUGCGUUGGCCAAUCUCAGUGUUGAGCAAGAAGGUGAUGAUGGUCCCGUCACCGGGUUUGUGCGGAUAAGAAGCAGAUCGCAGGGACUGGCUCUCAGUCUCGGCUCACUCAAGGGCUUGAACAAGAUUGGCGACUAUGUUUGA